AAUUUAACGAUGUUUCUUUCUAUACAUAUAUUAGUUGACAUGUGUUACUAAAUUAGAUAAAACCCUAAUAAGGUCUUUUAUGGCUUAAUUAAUAACAGUCUCAGUUGAUUAAUCUUUCUCUACUUUAUAUAUAUGACAUUUGCAUUGCAACUAAGGUAAACAAAAACCUAGGAUAACUACGGAUCCGAAGUCCAAAGUCAUGUCUUCAAAAGCAACAGUAAUGUUGUUCAUCUUCAUGAUUUUAACAUUGAGUGCUCUUCCACCACCUACACAUGCUUGUGGUGGUGAUCCUUGUCACCGACCGGUUCACCCAAAGACCCCACGUCAUAAACCCCCGCAUCACGGCGGGCACCCGAAAUUGUCGCCUCCACAGCCGCCUGUAAUUGUCCCGCCGAUCAUUGUCACGCCGCCACCGAUAUCCCCACCGGUUAUAGUCUACCCCCCGCCAACUGCACCUUCCCCACCGUACUGGGGUGUUCCUCCUCCACAAGUGAGGUGUCCCAUUGAUGCCUUAAAACUAGGGCUGUGUUUGGAUGUGCUUCAAGGGCUUGUGCAUGUGGGAAUAGGGAACCCAAUUGAGAAUAUAUGCUGUCCAGUGAUCCAAGGAUUGCUUGAACUUGAAGCAGCCAUAUGUCUUUGCACUGUUAUCAGACUUAAGCUUCUGAAUCUCAACAUAUACCUUCCGCUUGCUCUUCAGGUCCUUGCAACUUGUGGCUUGACUCCUCCUCCUGGUUUUGUUUGUCCACCAUUAUUAUAACUGAAGCAUGCAUGUAUGGGUAAGCAAGUUAAGGACUAGUUCUCAACUGUUAAAUCAUUUCAAAAGUUAUGCUUAAUAUAAAGUACUUUACUAUCAUACUUGAAUCUAAAGUAUGAUUUAAUAGUUGAGAGCUGAAGCUAGUUCUCAUAGAUCCGAAGAAAUGACAUUUCUCUCUACUUUUAUGUUGGCUUUGAUGCGAUCUAUAUCUAGCAAAGAGUUGUCUUGUAGUCCGUUUCGUGUUCUAGCUAGCUAGUUCCUUGUGUUCGUGAAGGACGUUUAGGCUGUAAUACGUACUGUUAUAUAUAUAUAUAUAUAUAUAUUAUCCAU